UUUACCACUUCAACAUUUAAUUUAUUAAACAAUACCUAUGGAGGAGGAGACUUAGGGCAGAAAACAAGCCUUCAGGCGAGGGCUCUGGCCACGCCCACAAGCUGUUUUAGCGCGAAACGUCGACUGAACCAUUCUGAAAAUAGGGGAGGACACAACAAAGCAUCUAUUGUUAAACAGUCACAGAGACCGCGGUACUUUCGUCUACAAGUUAUAAACGAUGGAUUUUUGUUGGAUAUUGUAAAUGAAAUGACGAAGUUACGGAUUUGAAACGUAAAGAUAGUUUUACGCAAAGGUCAUCUGACGUUGUUUCCCUCGCGUUUGCGACGCACGAGUCUGUGCAGAAGUUGAUUUUUUUUAAAUGCACCUCAUUGAUUUCUAGCUCAAACUUUGCUGCUCCCCAAACUUACACCUAAACAGACCAAAUGGACCUCACGUCAAAGGCUUCGGUCUUCAAAUCCAAGUUUAUAACGGCGGAGCUGGCUCAUCUGUUCAGCCACUCGGACAGCGAGGAGGAGUUUGAAGGUUUCAGCGAGGACGAGGCGGGAGAGGAUGGAGGAUGUUUCAACAAGCAGGUAGAUUCAGACGAAGACGAGAACACAGGCUUCUACUCGGACGGGGAGGAGGCCCCCACGCCAAAAAGGAGGAGUCUCUUAGUUGCUCUCAGGUUUCCAGUGAAAAGAUUAUCCACGGCCAAACAAGAAUUAAAUAAGAGAAAUGUGAAAAUACCUGCGAAGGAGAACCCAUCGUCACUGAGAGCCAGGAGCAGGAGGAGGAUGACGAAGGAGGCUGAUGAGGAGGAGGAGAGGGAGGAAGAGAGAGAAGAGUGUCAGAGCCUGACAAAACGGAAACAGAACAUCCAGGAAAACAAAGCCAUGCUGGCUAAGCUGUUUGCUGACCUGAGCUCCAUGGCUGACCUGACUCUGCCCACCACUCCUCAGUCUCUUCAGAAAAAGAAGCGGGCCACGCCGCCAAAAUGCAAGUUUGAAUCCAGCGUGGGGUCGGAAAGGAGGAACCCGUCCCGUAAAGCCCGUCCUCGUGAGAACUUUGGGGUGGAGGAGAGGAGCGAGCCGAUCACCCGCAGAGGUCCCAAAAGUGUCGACGUCAUGAGGCUGGUGGAGACGUGGUCGUGUCCCAUCUGCCGGGGGAUGUGUAACUGCAGUCUGUGUCGUAAGAAGGAGGGCCGCUGUGCCACGGGGAUCCUGGUGGGCCUGGCCCGCUACAAAGGUCACGACAACGUCCACGAGUAUUUGGAGAGUAUUCAGAAGCAGCUGCAGUGAACUCCCUAAAGCCCUGAUACCUGGAGGGAUUCUGGUGGUCCACAGUGACGUACAAACCAUUUUACUGCACGUUGUUUUUAGACUUACUGUUUUAUCACACUCAAAAUGUUCUUUAAGAUACGACAUACCCUGUGCAUGUUUUAAACAUAUCCUGGUUAGGACUGCAUGGGAUGCAGGCGUGGGAUGCAGGCGUGCUGUUAAGUUGGUUGAGUUGCACAUUUUCUGACGUUGGUUUUUUAUUUUUUUUGUUAGUUUGUUUUGUGUUCAUUCAGAAAAAUAUGUCUGAAUUUGUGGAAACAGAACCUUUUUGUACAAGCAUUUUUUUUAAACUAGAAACUCUGCAGCAUUCUCAUCGUACUACUGUAUAUUUUAAUAAAGGUUUGCAUAAUUAAAA